AUUUCCAGACCCACGUGCAACCGACUGUUGUUAUUAUUCUUUGUUUUUAUUUUAAAAGCCUUUAGCAUUGUCAACACAAAAUGAAGAAAAAGCAGCCAUAUGGAAAAAAACGAGGACAACCGUAUGAGAAGAAGCCUCCAGUCCGUAGAAAUGAUCAGUUCUCCAAAAACAACAGCUUCAUACAGAGAAGCAAGCAGAUGGAAGAGUCCCAUAGGAAGGGAAGACUCCUUAAUGCAAAAUAUACGUCAAGCAGUAAUGGAACUGAAAUUGAAGCAGCCCUCAGCCUUCUACCCUCAGUACAAGAUGAUGUGGCUGAGAGUGAAACUGGCUUCUAUGAGCAGCUUGUUACUGGAUAUAACCAUAUAAGUACAACAGCUGUGCCUGAGAGAAAUCUAUUACAAACCGACAGCAAGGACAAUGACAAUUUAAUUGUUCCAUCGUCAGAUGGCAAUUCGGAUAAUGAUGAGGAGGACCCACAUGCAGAGGAAAUAAAUAUGGAUUCGGACAUCUACAAUUCAUUUUCAAAACGAUUCAAUUUUGAAUUAUCAUCGGAAGACAUUGAUAAGUUGAUGACGAAAAACGUCAAGUUAAUUAAAACUAAUUGGUCCGAAAUUGGCAAUUUAAAAAUCGAGAUACCUCAACUAAACUCUGAUACGGAAUCGUCUGAUUAUCCUCCGCCUCAUAAAAUUACCACUCGUUCCGAACUUCAGAGCUUAGAGGUCAAACAAUCCCUAUGUGCCAAUGUGAAACUACCACUCUCUGCCCUACAGUCAAAUCUGUUUAAUAUAGCCAACAGAUAUCAGGACCUGUAUUAUACCCAGAGAUCGCAUGAAAAUAGUGAGGAAAUUCGUUUCGUCUACUGCCUCCAUGCUCUCAAUCAUAUGCUGAAGAGCAGGUCUUUGAUUUUACGCAACAACGAAAAGGUUGCAGCCUUAGCAAAGUCAUUGAAAUUACCGCCGAGCGAAGUCUCGAUACCAGAGAUUUAUAGAGAUCAAGGAUUGAAGCGCAUGAAGGUUUUAUUCGUUGUACCUUUUAGGGAAUCUGCGUUGGCAAUAGUAAACAAUCUAGCCGACCUGCUAUAUGGGCAGCAAGAUGAACAAAAACGAAAGGCAUCAAUAGCAAAAUAUGAUCGGUUUCUUGAGGAUUAUUCUGGCAAUACGAUUUAUUUUCCGAAAACGAAUCCAAAGCCAUUUGAUUAUGAACAGACGUUCAAAGGCAAUACAGAUGACAACUUUAGAUUGGGCAUCAGGUUUAGUAAGAAAUCAAUGUCACUCUUCGCGGAUAUAAGCUCAUCGGAUGUACUGAUUGCUUCACCUUUGGGACUGCGUAUGCUUAUUACCGACAAGGAGCAUGACUUUGAUUUCUUGACAUCUAUUGAAUUACUUAUCAUUGAUCAGGCUGAAUUGUUUAUGGCUCAGAAUUGGGAAAACUUACUCUACACACUGGAUCAUCUGCAUCUGCAGCCCAAAAAAUUGCCCGAUACGAACUGCCAGCGAGUGAGAACCUGGUGUCUAAGCGGAUCAUCACGUUUCUAUCGUCAAACUUUAUUUUUCUCAUCCCACGAACUGCCAGAGUUUCGAGCGGUGCUUAGCAAUAAAUGUAAAAACUAUCAAGGAAUAGUACGCAUAACGAAUAUCAUUCAACAUGGUGAUAUUCGUAAUGUCCUAACACCAAUUCAGCAGGUAUUUCGUCGCAUUACUUGCUCCGAUAUGGAAUCGGCAUUUGAUGAUCGUUUCCAGUAUUUCAAACAACAUAUUAUGCCACAAUUGAGUAAAUCUGGAAAUUCACAUUGUAUGCUAUAUGUGCCCAGUUAUUUUGAUUAUGUACGUUUACGUAAUUAUCUGAAAAAUGAAAUGGUCAGCUUUGUACAGAUAAGCGAAUAUACCAAAAAGGAAAAGAUCUCUCGAGCAAGAGAUAUAUUCUUUCACAGCGGUGCGCCGAUUCUCCUAUACUCGGAGAGAGCACACUUCUUUCGCCGUACUCGAGUCAAAGGUAUUCGUAAUCUGAUUAUGUAUCAACCGCCUAACUUUCCAAAUUUCUAUUCGGAGUUAAUUAAUUUAAUGCUUGAAUCUAAUCAAAAUCCACGUGAUGGUAUGGCUGAUUCGAUGAGUAUUCAAAUCUUAUAUACCAAAUAUGAUCUGCUUACAUUAAGUAAUAUAGUUGGUUCCGAAAAUUCUGUAAGAUUAACUACAGGCAAAAAAAAUGCAUACGUUCUCUCAACGGCAAAUGUGAAAUGAACUUUAGUUAAAUAAAAUAUUAUUUGUAAACCAGUUUUUAAUUAUUUAUAUGUCUUUUAUAUACAAAUAUGACGUUCUUUAUAUAGCAAGAGUUAAAAGAAAAUGGGUUUUAUAUAAAAGUAGUAAGAAAUUGUGGCAUUUGCUUCGCACAAUUAUAUUCAAACCAACUAGAGCAAAUUUUGCGUAAGAUUCUUAAGAGCAAAAAUUAACAAUUAAGAUAAUAUUAUUAAAAAAAAUAAUAUGUUAUUAAUGAAUAUUAAUAAUUAUAGCGUAUAAUUGUAUUUUUUAGAGUUCUUUUUUAAACAAAUGUUUAAAUAACAGUCAUUUAUUAGCUCUUGUUAUAUAAGUUGAGAUAUAUUGAUUUAUUUGACAUGAUUAGAAAAAUUGUCUGCAGCAAAUUUAAAAAGUGAUACAAAGUGUUAAUUUUUUUUUAUCGUUAAUAUUGAUCUAUAAUCCAUUUAGAAACAACUAGGCACUUUAUUAUACACAUUAUACAAAAGCUCAAAAAUAUAUUUUCAUUUUAGCUAACAAUUGAAAUUGCCAAAUAUAUACAUAUCUUGUCUAUGUAACAGGGGAAAGAAAA